CUUAUUAUUGUUGCCGGCCGGCUUCCUGUGUAAGUUUGGAACAUGGAGAGAAAACAUUGAGACAUAAAUGAAUAUAACUCUGUAUUUACAGUCAUGAACGUGAAUUUUAGCGCUUAUUCACUAUGAAAGUAGCAUAGUUUUCACUGAGCAGGAUUAUCAGUGUAAUUUGAAACUAACUAAUGAUUCAACAGAGGUACAGUACAUCUUUGUAUCAACAUACUGAAUUAUUUUUGAACCAUAUAAGCAGGUGAGGCUCUCAGAUGGAGGCAGUGUGUGAGCAGAUCCAUGGAGCUGAUGAUGAUGGUGGUGAUGAUGAGGAGGAUGAGGAGGAGGCAGGAGCUGGUGAAGCCAUGCUGUGGUCCAUCCAGGAGGCUCUGGAGAGGCAGACCCUGCAGAUCGGAGCAUCGGCCUGCGGGGCCACGGCAGUGGUGGACGUGCUGAAAGCCCUCGGCAUGGACGUGGCCCCCGAGGAGGCCGAUCGCUGCGUCCAAACUCGCCUGAGGAGGAAUGAGUCUCCUCUGCCUGACUAUCUGCUGUCCCGGAGCGAAGCCGGUGCGACUCACGCUCAGCUCAUCGCAGGAGCGGAGGAGGCCAGCAAAGGGAAGGUGAUGGGUCGCUUCUUCCACCUUCAUCCCCGCCGGCGGGUGAAGCUGGUCUCCUGGCUCGCGCGCUGGAUUCGAAAAGGCUCUGUUCCCGUCGCCACCAUGAACAUGCAACUGGCCGUGCCUGAGGGAGAGGAAGUGCCCGACGCCUGGCACCACCAGCUUAUAUUCGGGGUGGCACCUAAUGCUGUUUUCAUGACCAACCCUUUAGAUGUAGUGAGUGAGGGAGAGGUGCACCAGCGACUCUGCAGCGAGUCAGUGCUGCUGAUUCGUCGAGAGGACGUCCUGCAGCGUUUAACGCCAGAUUCCUGUCUGUCAAGCCUCUCAGAGAACCAAUCUGACCCCCGAUGGAAAGCCCUGGAUGUCGAGGGCCAGGUGAAACAGAUGGCCCUAGAAGCGGAAGAGGAACAAGAGCAACCCCGGUUAACGCACAUCACGAUCCCUGCAGCGUACAAAUCAGGCAUCACGCUCUUCGCCCUACGAGAAUCAGGGGUAGGACAAGAACUCAGCAGCACACCUGAACUCCUUUUGCUGUGACUGGACCGACACAAACAGACUCAAGACUUAAAGCUUCAAGACUUUUUUAUUGUGAUGUGAGAAAUAAAAUAUGACAUUUUAUUGAGCAGUAAUUUCACCCACACGCUGUCAUCCAUGUACAUUUCUAUCACUGAUGCCUGUUGUUAAAGCACAAGUACAAACUAACAAAAGAC